AGAAGUUAAGUAGGGAAGAGAGAAGGAAUGCUAUCGUUGAAACCAUUUUUAAUGAUCUUCCAAGGGAGAAUCGCCGGUUGUUGGAAAGGAUCAGAGAUAGAUUAGACAGGGUGGGUAUAAUAUUAGAUAAAGUGGAGGUGAGAUUUAAGAAACUCCGUGUGGAAGCCAAUUGCGAAGUCAUUGAUGGGAAACCACUUCCCACUCUCUUCAAUGCUGUUAAGACCAAUCUCCACGGAUUGACCAGAGGAAUACUAACGAGAUUUGGUUUCAAGACAACGGAAAUAAAGAUCACUAUCUUACGCAACAUGAGUGGCAUUGUCAAGCCUUCUAGAAUGACUCUUCUACUAGGCCCUCCAGGCUGCGGGAAGACUACUCUUUUACGUGCACUUGCAGGCGGGCUUGAUCACUCUCUUGAGGUAGAAGGACAAGUGUCCUAUAAUGGGUUCAAAUUAGAUGAAUUCAUUCCCCAGAAAACAGCUGUCUAUGUUAGCCAAAAUGACCUCCAUAUACCUGAGAUGACUGUGAGAGAGACUUUCGAUUUCUCUGCUCGCUGCCAGGGAGUUGGAAGAAUGGCAGAAAUCGUGGAGGAGAUCGAGAAAAGAGAGAAAGAGGCUGGGAUAGUCCCUGAUCCUGACGUUGAAGCCUACAUGAAGGAAUUAUCAAUUGAGGGAUCACGGAGAAGUAUUCAAACGGAUUACAUUUUGAAGAUACUUGGUCUUGACAUUUGUUCUGGUGUCAUUGUGGGUGAUGCAAUGCGAAGAGGCAUAUCGGGUGGAGAGAAGAGGAGAGUAACACUAGGAGAAAUGAUAGUGGGGCAAUCUAGAACCUUCUUCAUGGAUGAAAUAUCAAAUGGCUUGGAUAGCUCAACUGCAUUUCAGAUCUUGUCAUGUCUUCAGAACUCUGUGCAUGUUAUGGAAACAACAGCAUUGGUUUCACUUCUUCAGCCAGCUCCUGAGAUCUUCAAUCUCUUUGAUGAUGUAAUCCUUAUGGCAGAAGGGAGGACAAUCUAUCACGGUCCCAGGGAUCGUGUUCUUGAGUUUUUUGAGAGCUGUGGUUUUAAGUGCCCUGAAAGGAAAAGCCCAGCAGACUUCCUCCACGAGGUUAUAUCCAAGAAAGAUCAAUCACAGUAUUGGUACCACCCUGAUUCGCCAUACCAUUAUGUUUCAGUCGAGCAAUUCUCACAGAGGUUCAACUCAUUUUCUGUGGGAGAAGAGUUAUUGAAGGAGCUUUCCCUGCCAUUAUCAAUUCUCAAGGCCAAGAAGGAUGCUUUAUCCUUCAGUAGGUACUCCCUCAGUAAAAGGCAACUAUUUAGAGCUUGCUGUAGCAGAGAAUGGCUAUUAGCGAGGAGAAGUCCUCAUGUCUAUGUAAUGAGAUCAAUCCAGCUCUUUGUCCUUGCUAUAUUCACAAUGACUGUAUUUCUGCGUACACGGCUGAGUGUUGAUGCUAUCCAUGCUAAUCUUUAUAUGGGCUCUUUAUUCUUUUUACUGCUAAUGAUUACGAUCAACAACAACCCCGAGAUGACAAUGAUUCUCUCAAGGCUACCUGUAUUCUACAAACAAAGAGAUCUGUACUUCUAUCCGGCGUGGGCAUUCUCAUUACCCUCCUCUGUGCUUAAGAUCCCACAUUCUGUAUUAGCAGCAUUUCUUUUGACCUCUCUUACCUACUACGUUAUUGGGUAUAGCCCAGAAGCCUCUAGAUUCUUCUGUCAGUUCCUUCUUCUGUUCGAAGUGCACCUAGUGUCUGGGACGCAACUACGUGCUCUUGCAUCAAUUUUCCGAACUUACAUGGCUGCUACUGUCGCGGGAAGUUUUGCUACAUUUGCAAGCUUGUCAUUAGGAGGCUUCAUUCUUCCACUCCCAUAUUUUCCAUCUUGGAUGUCCUGGGCAUUCUGGCUGUCUCCAUUGUCAUAUGCAGAGAUAGGUAUCACGGUCAAUGAGUUCCGAUCUACUCGGUGGAAGAAGAUUUCAUCUGGAAAUGAAAGCUUGGGGGAGCGAGUAAUGAGAAGAAGGGGGAUUCUAUAUGAGGAUGACUUUUAUUGGAUAUCAUUGGGAGGUUUGUUUGGUUACAUUGUGCUUCUGACAAUUAUCUAUACGUUGGCAUUGACAUACUUGAGGGCUCCAAGCAAGUCUCGGGCCAUGAUAUCCUCCGAAAAGCUUUCUCAACUUCAAGAUAGGAGUGAAUCUAAUAUUGAGGAGGAGUUGAGGAUAGAGCCUUCAUCAGAUUCUCCUCUGCUAUCCAAUGCGGAUGAAAGUAGAUAUGAUGUAAAACGAAAGAGAGGCAAGGUGAUCUUACCAUUUGAGCCAGUAACGUUGUCAUUUGAAAAUGUGCACUACUUUGUUGAAGUGCCUCAGGGAAUGAAAGGUAAAGGUGCAACUUAUAAGCAGCUUUUAAGAGACAUAACUGGUGCAUUCAGGCCUCAUGUUCUUACAGCCCUAAUGGGUGCUAGUGGUGCUGGAAAGACAACACUCUUUGAUGUUCUCUCUGGAAGAAAAACCGUUGGAACCAUUUAUGGAGACAUCAGAGUCAAAGGUUACCCCAAGGUUCAGGAAACAUUUUCGAGGAUCUCUGGUUAUUGUGAACAGAAUGACAUUCAUUCUCCAAACAUUACUGUAGAAGAAUCUGUAAUGCAUUCAGCUUGGUUGCGGCUUGGUUCAGAGAUCAAUAAGGACAUGAAGAAGGCAUUUGUGAAUGAAGUAAUGGAGACCAUUGAGCUUGAUGAAAUUAAAGAUACCUUAGUUGGGAUUCCUGGAAUAAGUGGUCUUUCAAUUGAGCAGCGCAAGCGACUUACAUUUGCUGUAGAACUUGUUGCAAACCCAUCAAUUAUGUUUAUUGAUGAACCUACAACAGGUUUAGAUGCCCGAACUGCUGCUAUCGUGAUGCGUGUUGUGAAAAAUGUAGUUGAUACUGGAAGGACAGUGGUCUGUACGAUUCACCAGCCAAGUAUUGACAUAUUUGAAUCAUUUAAUGAGCUCAUCCUAAUUAAAAAAGGUGGUCAGAUUAUCUAUUUUGGUGAGCUAGGCUGGCAUUCUAAGAGUGUUGUUGACUACUUUGAGGCCAUUCCGGGAGUGCCAAAGAUUAAGAAAAAUUACAACCCUGCCACAUGGAUGUUAGAAGUUACUUCUACAUCAGUGGAGAAACAGCUCAGCUUAGAUUUUGCUCAAGUUUAUAAAGAUUCACCACUUUAUCAGAGUGCCAAAAGACUGGUUGAAAAGUUGAGGAAACCACCUCCAGGAUCAAAUGAGCUACAAUUUGAUACUCGUUUUCCAGUGAGCACAUGGGGGCAAUUCACAGCAUGCUUUUGGAAGCAUUCCCUGUCGUAUUGGAGAAGUCCUGAAUACAACUUGAAGAGGAUCUCCUUUUCCUAUGUCUCAUCACUAUUUUUUGGUUUACUUUUUUGGAACCGUGGGAGGACCAUAGAAAAAGAGCAGGACCUGUUUAACGUAGCAGGAUUCUUGUUCACUUCAAUGACUUUUCUUGGUGUCAAUAAUUGUCUGUCAGUUCAACAUGCUGUGAUAAAGGAGCGUCUUGUAAUGUACAGGGAAAGAUUUGCUGGAAUGUACUCAAUCCAUGCUUAUUCCAUUGCACAGAUAGCAAUUGAAAUUCCCUAUGUAAUCAUUGUAUCAUCUAUCUUUGGGACUGCUACGUACUUCACAAUUGGGUUUCAGUCAUCAUUGUAUAAAUUCCUGUGGUAUAUUGGAACCCAGUUCUUCACAAUUCUCUACUUGGUCUACCUGGGCAUGCUGAUCAUAUCUCUGAGCCCAAGCACUCAAAUUGCCUCUGUCUAUGCGUCGAGUUUCUUUACAAUAUCCAAUCUCUUCACAGGCUUCUUGAUACCACGACCUAAAAUCCCCUGGUGGUGGUCAUGGUGUUACUGGAUCUGCCCAUCUGCAUGGUCAUUCGAUGCUUUUGUUACAUCCCAAUAUGGAGAUUUAACCAAGGAAAUUGAAGCCUUUGGUGAAAGAAAGCAAGUCAAUUAUUUCUUAAGAGAUUACUUUGGCUUUCAACAUGACCAUUUACCUCUAGUGGCUACAGUUAUAAUUGCAUUACCUCUUAUCUUUGCUUCUCUUUUCGUUAUCACAAUUGCGAAGGUAAGCUUCCUGAAGAGGUAAUCUCAGUUUGAAUAAGUAGUGCGGUAGAAGCCUUCUGCAGUAGUAAAGAGCCAUUAGAAGCUCAGCUAUCCAUACCCUACAUUUGCCUAUAUCUAGUCCUAUACAAGUUAGUGUAUAUAGUUUUGUAUAUAGAUUGUUUAGUGUGGUAUUCAUUUUGUAAGAUAAAUCUUGUCCCCCCCAAAAACAUUGUAACAUAAAUUUUCAUCACAUGGUUCAGCUUGUAACAUGAGUUUUAAUGAUUUAAAUUUUUUUAUCCAAAGAAGUUUAUGGUCUCUAAGAUCUCCAAACU